CACCGAUCACUAUUCGCUGCGCUUACGCCGCACCGCACCGCACCACCGCACUCGUAACAAGCCCGCCUCGCUGAGUACCCGUGUGCUCCUCUACGGGAUAGAGUUCGGCACGUGUAUUACUGAGGCCAUCUCUUUCACAAACAUCCCUCAAUUCGCCUUUCCGCGAAUUCAGAUAAUGUAUCGAUAGCCGCUAAUUGGUCAUAGUGUCAACGGUGUCGGGUGACAACGCGAGUGUAGUGCCAGGUGAUGGCUGAAAAACACGCACUUAUACCUGAACCCGUCGCAAUGUAUACACAGACGGAGACGAUGAAGGAAGUGAAGGACUUGUCACAGAAUUUAGUGAGCGGUGACUUCGAGAGACAAUAUAAAGGUGGAAUGGCAGACAAAUAUACGAAACGGAGGCAAGCCUGGUUCGUAACAUUAGCUGUGGCAAUUUCAGCCAUUGUGAUUUCUCUACUUGUGCUGACAGUUAUAAGGGAAAUAGAGAUACUUCGCCUUCGGCAAGAAGUCAAUGAUUUGACAGCCAACAUGAUUGCUGUAUCAGCUAAUGUGAACUCCUUGAACAACAAAAUCUCAAACAACAAGCUGUUCAAUGAAUUCGAAAGUCUUGACGACGCGAUAUACGCCGACGAUUUGGACUCCGUCAGUACAAAAGAUGUCAAGGAGAAGCAGAAAGACGAAUAUCUAGGGAAGCUUCACGAUCUGACCGAGCUGGAGGACGACAGUAUGCCGGAUGACGAGGACUACGACGAGGACGAGGACGCAGAGAGCGGAGACUGGUACCACGACUAUGACAAACGAAGAGAACCGGUGGGUGUUACAAAUAUGAUAAAACUGAGGCCCGAAGACUUCACAGAUUCCGUGCGGUUCAGGAAAGAAGAUGUCAUGUCGAACAUUCGGCAGAUCAAGCGACUCCUCAAUGAAAAUCCAGAAAACCCUGAUAUAGCUUUCCCGCCAUCACCGCCGACAACGACUGAACACACGGAGGCUGUGCGGGAUAAACGACAUGUGUUCCCAGACGCUACCUCCGAGACUAUCGACAAGUUGACCGCCCCAAGAAUUAUGUCCAAGACAGACGACAGACGCAAGACGAAGAAAUUCCUGCCAACUGACGCCCCAGCGUCUUUGGUGUCCACGAAAGUAUCGCCGCAUACUGUAGUGAGAACAGCUAGAAAUAGUGAUGCUGAGGAAGGACAGAGACGGCCAUUCGUCGCAGCUCAUUUCCAUGGCAACACCUCGCAUCUUAAUAUGGAAAUCCACGAACAUUACAAAGGCAACGGACUAAUUCGCGUUGAUCAUGGUGCUCACCAUAACGUUUGGUAUCCAUCUCCUUGGACGCAGGCCUCACGACACUCCCGGCCGACUCUUACCAGAAACGGCCAUAUCCAUGUACACCACACUGGGGUCUAUCUUGUUUAUGUUCAAAUUUAUUACUUAGACAGCCAUGACAUAGUCUCGUGGGUACUACAUCGUACAAAUGCUGAAAUGGAAGGGCGUGAUACUCUCCUUCAAUGCACUCAGUCCUCUCACUCGGUCGAGGCUUUGGAAAAAGCCAAUACUUGCUUCUCAGCUGCAGCUCUAUUCCUGAGAGCCGGCGACAGGCUUGCAGUUAGGAAUACAUCGGGCCAGAGACAUUCUAUAAUGGAACCAGAGAAAAGUUUCAUAGGGCUAGUCAAAUUAGCCGAUACCGAAGACCCUGAUACAGAUUACUAGUUUGUUUUUCUUUUGUAUCGUAUUUUCGUUAAGCUAAAGUUAAAUUGUUAACUGUUUACUAUUUUAAAUUUAACACAGUUUUAUUAACAUGAAAUAUUAAAGAAAAACGGGAUCUCGUCACGUUUUAGUUUUGAAUUCCUAGUCUUUUCGAAACAAAGCGAAACAUUUAUACCAUAUAAGUCACUUAUCAAUUGCAUUUUUUGUUGAUUGACAAGAUGAGAGUUGAACAAAGUGGAGGUUAGUGACAACAAAUUAUAUCUAAAAAAAACAAAUACAUCGGUUAUACAAUCUAACCAUUCUACAGAAAUAUCGGAUACUCAGAAAUCAUGACACAACGCAAGUUUCCAUAUUUCUUUAAUAUAAUAUGUUAACGGUUUGUUUAGAACUAUUCAGGAAUUGAAUUUAUGUUGUAAUGCGGAGAUUUAUGUAAAAGGAAGUGAUAUAUUUAUUGUAGUCACACACGUGCCAUUGUUAUAGUUAUUGCAUCGAGCAAAUUAGUAUAUAGAUUACCUUUUAUGUCAUCUCUUAUAUACGUAAUCUUAUGAUUUAUAUUAAUAAUAAUAUUGUUGAUAUUUAUUAUUGUCAUAAUUGAUACAAAAGGUGUUUGACUAUAAUACUAAUUUUAGUUACACGUUCGUUUAUUAAUUGAGGAUCUGUCAUGCCAUUGAUAUUUUAAGGGUGUUAUAUAAUUACUGUAAUAUUAAGUAACAAAAAAUUGUAGCCCAUUUUUUUUUCUGUGAGCACCGGUACAAUACUUCAGAACUUGUUAUUGAGCUAUAAAUAUAUAUGAAUAUAUAUUUACUGUUAGAUUAUUUAUAAAACUUUGAAUCCAAUUGUAUUUAACUGGUUGUAGAAGAAUUUCUUGUAGUGUACUAAUGCUGAUAUCAUGCAUAUUUAUCGUAACGCUAUACUUAUAUAAAGUAUACGAUUUACUAACUUAAUGCAAUUUGAUGGAUAACUCACUUCUUAUUAUUAUAAUAUGACACUUAAGCUGUUGUGUUACCAUGAAAAAUAUAAAGUUGUGAUUAAUAGGCCAAAAUAUAUUCAUAUUAUUUUUUUAAUUUUUUAACUAUUCGACUAUUAUAAUAUAAAUAUUUGCCUUAUUACACUUUCUAUCGUUAUUCCAAUUAAGUCGAAGAAUUUAUUUCAAAUUAAAUUAACUUUACACAUAAAGUAUAUUGUUAGUAUUUAGUAUUACAGAUA